AUUGCCCGUACUAAGUAUACCUAAUAAAUUUAUUUCAUGGUUUGUGUCAGAGAAUUAACUACUUAAACAAAGACAGAGACCAACGAAAAAUUGGAAAGACGUGAUCUGUGGUAGAAUGAUAACCAAAUCUUGUCAACUUUCGGGCAGUGGUCCUUGAAAAGCCUAAAAUAAACAUCACAGAAAGGGACCAAAUCGAAGUGUAUAACUCGUAGCCACCCUCAGGCAAACUUUUCAUGCUUUUUUAAAGAAAACUUGCAGGUUUGAAAUCCAUUUAGCGCCUUGAUGGUUGUCGUUGGCGCAACAGAUCAGGAUACAGAAAUAUCCACGAAAAAUGUCAAAUGCGUACUUCCAUCGAUUAGAUGAUGAAUGUAAAAGGUUGUAUCUAGAUAAGUUGAAAUACAACGGAAAUCGAUUACCUGAUCCUUUAGACACUAAUUUAAGGCUUAAUCGAUAUAAACCUCUGACCCAAGAUAAUGUUCCUGAUCUUGCCUUUGGUGAUAUCUACAUGUUCCUUGUUGAAACAGCCCAAGUUUAUUCUAGAGAAGAAUUCAAAAACUAUAAGACUCUUAAUUUCUAUAAAACAGCUUUAAGUGGAAAAGUGCAAGAUAUUCUUGUUUAUAAAUGUGACAAUGCUCAGCUGUGUGUACUGACUUGUGAUGUGCAAGGCGAUGAAGGUAUUAUUAAACUAUACAGAGCUUUUGUUGUGAUUGCAUUCAAUGGUGCUGUUCAAAAUGGUCAUUGUACUUGCAUGAAUGAAUUCAUUGAAGGUUGUCAACAUAUUGCUGCUCUGUUAUUGAGUUUAGAGGUCUACAUUAAGAAAGACACUUUGCGUAGAAAUUCCUCACUUGAAACUUCUACUGAAAAAAAUUCAUGGUUGAACUUAACACAAUUUGUUGAUGGUAAAUCCAAUGAAAAGAAAAAUUCUUCAUCGAACACUAUUUUAUCUACAGAUUAUAAAGAAAGGCUUAAAGCAAUAAAAAAAAUUGUUCCAAAUGCACCUAUAUUUACCCUGCUAUGUGACAGUGAUAUUUCUUCAUCAGAAGAAGAUGAAAUUGAAGAAAUCCCUACAACUCAUACAAUAUUGAAAACUUUGUAAAAACCUUAUAACGUAUUCUCUUGUUCAUUGUGUUCUUCUAUUUAUAGUGUUUUUAUUGAAUAAAUUUGUUUUUUUUUAAAACAC